AUGUCGACCUCAAGCACGAGGCUGCCGCUCUCUGCAAGGCCAAAACGACGACUUCCAAGAAGGGAUCUCAAGCUCCUCCCGCCGCACCGCCGAAGCAGNNAGGUCGAGGACAAGGGCAAGGCAGCGCUUUGCAAGUACUUCGCCGAAGGCAAGUGUACCAAAGGCAAGGCCUGUACCUACUCCCACGUAAACCCAGAGACUGCGAACCAAAACGCCACGAAUCAGAUGAAGCCUUGCAAGUAUUUUGCCGCUGGCAAGUGUGACAAGGGGGCUGCCUGCACCUACGCUCACACCGCUCCAACGACUGUGACUGACAAAUCCAAGGACAAUAACCAGUCAGCCCGACAAGAAUCGAAGCCGCCUGUUUCCGGAUGGGCAUUCAAGUGCGCAGGCUGCCAAUCAUAUCCCAUGCAGGGCAAGGCAAUUUUUAUGUGUAUGGAUUGCGGCGACUUUGUUUGUGCAAAAUGCCAGAGUCGCAAGGCCGACUUCCAUGAUCCAUCUCACAAGUUCACUCAGUUCCAUUCCGGACCUCCGGAAUACUACAGAUGCGGACAAAAGGGCUGUAAGGAGCCGAGUUUCGUGAACGAGAAGGAACUGGGUCUGCACCAGAAGCAAACCAAGCAUGCAGGUGCGCUUUGGUGUGUGCUAAGAUGCUUUCAGUGCGACAAAGACUUCGAGAACUGGUUUUCUUUAGAGCAGCACUGUCGCGCAAAGAGCCACGAUCCCUUGUGGAAGGCCUCCAAGAAGCCACAGGCCAAAGCAAAGCCAGUUGCACAGCCACAGCGGGUCAAUGGCCAGGCAAAGAGUACCAUCAGCGUUUGUCCAGUUUGUUUGAAAGAUUUCAGUACCUUGGAAGCCAUGGAGCAGCACAUGCGGGAUGCAGGCCACUCUUUGGGCAUGCCACCGGGAAGUGUUCAAUGCGGAACCUGCGACAAGUGGUUUGCCUCAACGCAAGCCUGUAUGCAACAUAUGGACGAUGCCCAUGGAGACAUGCUGAUGGUUGGAGGAAGGCCUGCCAGCCUUAUUGACACACUCAGGCUGAGGGUUGACAACAUGCCUGCCAGAGAUUUUUUCCAACUAUAUGGAAGCAGAUGA